CGCGCUCCGUUCCUCGUUACCCGUCGCCGCCGCCGCCUUCUUCUCCUCGCCAUGUCCCAGCGCGGCGCUCCUGCUGGCGGCUGCUAAGGCGAGCGAGGGAGCAGAGCGACUCGUCCUUUGCUUGGGGUGCGUUUGGCGUGCGCCUUGGGGGGAUGGAGGGCGCCUAAAGCCGGCCGCGGAGUGAGGAGAGCGCGCUCGGGACGGUUUUUCGGGAAGGUGAGGCAGGCAAAGGAGCCAUGGAAGUGCAGUCGGCGACUGGAAGUCCGUCGGUGGCGGCGGCGACAACGGCAGCGGCCCCCGGGCCCGGCGCUCCCCCCUCGGAACCGGCUAAGGAUACGGACCGCCAGCUGCGCCUUCGCCUCUGCGUCCUCAACGAGAUCCUGGGCACCGAGCGGGACUACGUGGGCACCCUGCGCUUCUUGCAGUCGGCCUUUCUGCAUCGAAUUAGACAAAAUGCGGUGGAUAAAGCUGAGAAAUAUAUAACAGAGGAAAAUGUCAAGAUUUUAUUUUCCAAUAUGGAAGAUAUACUUGAUGUUCAUAAUGACUUCCUGACUGCUUUAGAAUAUUGUUUACAUCCGGAACCUCAUUCUCAGCACGAACUGGGAGAUGUCUUCUUAAAAUUUAAAGACAAGUUCAUUGUGUAUGAGGAGUAUUGCAGCAAUCAUGAAAAAGCACUCCGGCUUUUGAUGGAACUGAACAAGAUCCCUCCUGUGAGACAAUUCCUAUUGAGUUGCAUGCUUUUGGGAGGUAGAAAGACUACAGACAUUCCACUUGAAGGUUAUCUCCUAACUCCAAUACAGAGGAUUUGCAAAUACCCACUUCUCCUCAAGGAAUUAGCCAAGAGGACACCCACUAAACACCCAGAUUAUCAAGCGGUAUUGAAUGCGUUACAGGCAAUGAAGACAGUGUGUUCCAAUAUCAAUGAGACCAAAAGGCAGAUGGAGAAGCUGGAAGCUCUUGAGCAAUUGCAGUCUCACAUUGAAGGAUGGGAGGGCUCCAAUUUGACUGACAUUUCAACUCAGCUUCUGCUUCAAGGAAACUUACUAAAAAUCUCAGCCGGAAACAUCCAGGAGAGAACAUUUUUUCUUUUUGAUAACUUGCUCGUUUAUUGCAAGCGGAAAUCCAGAGUUGCUGGGAAGAAAACAUCUAAGCGUACUAAGUCUAUCAAUGGAUCCCUCUACAUUUUCAGAGGGCGAAUAAACACAGAAGUAAUGGAGGUUGAGAAUGUGGAAGAUGGGACAGCAGAUUAUCACAGUAAUGGUUACACGGUAACAAAUGGAUGGAAGAUACACAACACGGCAAAAAACAAAUGGUUUGUCUGUAUGGCCAAGACAGCAGAAGACAAACAGAAAUGGCUGGAUGCUAUAAUUAAGGAGCGGGAACAAAGAGAAAGUCUGAAGCUAGGCAUGGAGAGAGAUGCUUAUGCUAUGAUUGCUGAGAAAGGAGAAAAACUGUAUCACAUGAUGACGAACAAGAAAGUGAAUCUUAUCAAAGACAGGAGGAGAAAAUUAAGCACUGUUCCCAAGUGCUUUUUUGGCAAUGAGUUCGUUUGUUGGUUGAAAGAAAUUGGGGAGAUAAGCAAACCAGAAGAAGGGGUCAAUCUGGGACAAGCUCUGCUGGAGAACGGCAUCAUCCAUCAUGUUGCAGAUAAGCACCACUUCAAAAAUGAACAGGUGAUGUACAGAUUUCGUUAUGAUGAUGGGACAUAUAAGCCACGGAGUGAAUUAGAAGACAUCAUGUCUAAGGGUGUAAGGCUCUAUUGUCGUCUGCACAGUCUGUACACACCAGUGAUAAAAGAUAGAGAUUAUCACUUGAAGACAUACAAAUCAGUGAUCCCAGCAAAUAAACUAGUGGAUUGGUUGAUUGCUCAGGGUGACUGCCAGACCAGAGAGGAUGCUGUGGCACUGGGAGUCGGGCUCUGUAACAAUGGUUUUAUGCAUCAUGGUAAGCCGUUAAUUCUUCCUUAUCCUAACCAAUUAUCAAGGAUUUUAACUUUGUUUCUUUAACCAACAAACGUGGUCAAUUUUAUGACAGACUUUUUAAUCAAGUACACUCUGAAUUACAUCUCCUAGAAUCACAAUCUUUCCCCCCAAUAUAUUUUUGACAGCUACUAAACUGGACUUUAGGCAACAGCCAAGCCCAGAUAUUCCAGUUGCUUCCCCUCUGUCUAAAAAUAGUAAAAUUCUGGUAAAGAAUCUU